UCUACACAGUGCAAAGCCUGAGCUCUUCAACGUUGCCAAGUGACUCUGGUAGUGUCCUUGUUCACGACUUGGAAAGCGGCGGCUGAGAUAUGGCAGCUGUGCAAGACAGAAGGAGUGCGGCGCGCAAACAUUCACGGGUGUAUGUUUUGCGGCCGUUUGCAUUUGAGACACUGAUUGCUCAUCCUGGCAAGUAGGAUCUGCAUGAUCUUCUACACUUGUCGUCGCGGCACUUACAGCACCCAUAACGUACUCGCGAUGCUGUACAGAGAGUCCGCUGCUGUGUCUGGCAACAGCUCGACGCGUACUGUACCACAGAUGAGGCGUCCGAAAGACGUUGUGGCUCCAUCGAGCGACACCGCCAGACCCCUCAGUCCAGCCUCAGUAGGGUCUGCGAGCCAGCGUGGCGCGACAUUGGCGUCAAUAGCGAGUGAAGCAAGGCAAGAUCUCACCGACGCUGUUGCCGUGUAUGGCGCUGCGAGCAACUGCCAUCACGCACUUUUCUGCCGCUACCUAGCCCUCGCCGAAAGACUCCGCGAUAAAGUUGCAGGGAACAUGAUGACCACAUUGGACAGCCUGGAGUGCGUCGCUGAAACGCUGGAAGCGUCUGCCACGAAGCUCAAUGCCGCAGAAGUGGUACACGAACACCCGAUUUCCGUGCUGGAUGAAGGAGAGCUACGAGAAGUACAGCAUGAUAUCCGCGAAGCAGGGAAGGCUGUCCAUUAUGUCCGCGCGAGGAUCGACCGCCUUCAGAAGGCCAUUGAAAGACUGGAAACAGCGAACGAGGACCGGCCUUUUCAACCUUGAUCUGGAUGGUGCACAUCAAAACAUGGAGUCUGAAAUUGCCCUGUCGAGUUCGGAAAUUCAGCUGAAGUCUCAUAGUCGCAUUCUCUAGCACCUUUGGUUCAGUUGAAUGCAGAUAUCGCGUAUUGCUGUUGAACCACGACAGUGAUGGAUUCUGAUUGGAUAAUGGCUCAUAGUCCAUGAACAACGUGGAAUCUCGGGACUUGCUCCGAUUGCGACCGCACUUCUUUCUCACGUGAAGAACGCUGCGUGUUUUGCUAAAUGUCACCCAAUUGCGACCCCUUCGCCACUCGUCACGCUUGUAUCCAUCUCAUCCUUCCAGCAGUGGUAGUUUGUCAACGGGAUCUGCACUGCAUUGCACUUCAACAAACAGCAUCUCGCCAUCGAAGCCCAAGCAAAAGGAGCAAAAUACCCUCAUCUACCACGAAGAAGUUUGGCAAGCCUGCCAGCCCGGCAGCAAUAGCAAACCUGGCGACGAAGCGUUGCCAAAUUCCGCAGCCUGGUCAAAGGCCUUGGCUAAGUCCUUCUGGUUCUGAAUAAUGCGUGUGAGAGGAGAUCAGGGGCGAGCGUAUUUACUCGUUGCCGAAUGCA